CAGAUAACGCGAUCCAUAAGAUCUAUCCGAGAUUGAUUUUCAAUAGUCAUCGUGCGACUGUUAUUCGGCCAACAACAAUGAAGAGAUUCCCCGCGAUAUUACUGCUCGUUGCACUUUGCUUCGCCUCUGAGGCGUUUGCGAGAAAAGGAUUCGGCCCUGGAGAACAGGAAUGGGGAUACGUGAAAGUGCGACCCGCCUCGCACAUGUUCUGGUGGCUCUACUACACCACCGCCAACGUGUCCUCCUAUUAUUAUAAACCGUUGAUUAUCUGGUUGCAAGGUGGGCCGGGAGCAUCGUCCACCUCCUACGGGAACUUCGAGGAACUCGGACCCUUGGACGUCGAUUUGACGCCGAGAAACUUCUCCUGGGUGAAAAAUUACAAUGUCCUCUUCAUCGACAAUCCAGUUGGUACAGGAUUCAGUUACACCACGUUAUCGAGCGGAUACGCGAGAACAAACGCGGAGAUUGCUCACGAUCUCGUCGAAUGUAUGAAAGGUUUCCUGAAAGCAUUACCGGAAUUCCAAGAUGUGCCCACGUAUAUCACGACCGAAUCUUACGGAGGGAAAAUGGGAGCGGAAUUCUCGUUUUCCUGGUUAUUCACUUUCUAAAUAUUGCAGGCGCAGCAAAAGAGAAUUAUCAAGAGCAAUUUGAAAGGUGUCGCCCUCGGUGACGCGUGGAUCUCUCCCAUCGACUCCGUGAUGAAUUGGGCUCCCUUCUUACUCGCCACGGGCAUGGUGGACACCGAGGGAUACAAGAAGAUCGAUGAAAUGGCUCAAAAGACGAAAAAUGCCGUGGAAACGAAGAGCUGGAGGACGGCCACGAUGCUUUGGAUCAACGCGGAGGCAGUGGUCACUGAAGUUACCGAUAAUAUCGAUUUCUAUAAUAUCUUAACGAAAAUGGAAGCUAGCGGGACGCUCUCCCUCAUGAAGAGGAGAAUUCGGUCGAAACCGUUCCUUCGAGAAUACGCCACGUUCAACGAGGCCACCUUAAACAGGCUUAUGAAUGGACCCGUGAAGGAAGCUUUGCAACUUCCGGUUAACCACGGCGAUCAAUCAGAUAUGGUAUUCACCAAGUUGCAAGAGGAUUUCAUGAAACCUGUAGUCAAUAUAGUGGAGGAAUUAUUGAACAAAACUGAUCUAAAAGUUGCCGUCAUCACCGGUCACAUGGAUCUCAUCGUCGACACUCCAGGUAUAUUUUAUUUCAUUCCUGAUAUACAUUUGUCUAUAUCUAAU